AUGAAGAGAAGUCAGCAAGGAGAUGGUGAUGAGGGGGAGGCCGAGCAGGAGGCGGGGGAUGAGGGGCUGAGGCUGAGGAGGGACAUGGGCCUGUGGAGCGCUGUGUCCUUGACUGCAGGCUCUAUGAUCGGCUCCGGCAUCUUCAUGGCACCACAGGGCGUCUUAGUCUACAUGGGCAGCCCUGGGGCCAGCCUUGUGGUCUGGGCAGUCUGUGGCCUUCUGGCCACACUGGGUGCCCUGUGCUAUGCUGAACUGGGGACUCUGGUUCCCGAAUCUGGAGGAGAAUAUACCUACAUCCUACGAACUUUUGGCUCCUUACCCGCCUUCCUGGUCAUCUACAUGUUUGUGCUGGUGGGCAGACCGGCCACCAUCGCGGCCAUCUCACUGAGCUUUGCCGAGUACGUCCUGGUCCCCUUUUACCCAGGCUGCUCCUCGCUGCCCCAGGCCAUGCUCAAGGUGGUGGCUGCCACCUGCAUCCUGCUGCUGAUGCUGGUCAACUGCUGGAGCUCGCGGAUGACCACCACGCUGAUGAAUGUGUGCACGACCAUCCAAGUGCUCUCCUUGCUGGUCAUCGUGGGGGGCGGUGCUGUGGUGCUGGGCCAGGGCCGAGGCCGCACUGAAGCCCUCCUGUCUGCCUUCCACAACACGUCCCAGCAGGCCGGGCACAUCAGCAUGGCCUUCUACCAGUGCCUGUGGUCCUUUGAUGGCUGGAAUAGCCUCAACCAGGUGACAGAGGAACUCAAGAAUUCAAACCAGAACCUCGUGUGGGCCCUGAUGAUCACCAUCCCCCUGGUCACCGGCCUGUACAUCCUGGCCAACGUCAGCUACCUGCUAGUGCUCGCGCCCAGUGAGAUCCUUUCCACCGACGCGAUGGCUGUGAGCUGGGGGAACCAGAUUCUGGGGGCCUGGGCCUGGCUGGUGCCCUUGGCUGUCGCCCUCUCGGCGUUUGGCUCUGCCAAUGGGUCGUUCUUCAGCGGGAGCCGUGUGUCCUACGUGGCUGCCAGAGAGGGCCACCUGCCCCAACUUCUGUCCAUGGUUCACGUGCAUCGCCUCACGCCAACUCCAGCCCUGAUGUUCACCACAGCAAUGGCUUUGAUCCUGGUCAUCUCAGGAAACUUCAACACCAUCGUGAACUUCUUGAGCUUCCUUGGCUGGCUCACCUACGGAAUCACCUUCAGCUGUCUCCUGUACUUACGGAUAAAGAAGAAUCUUCCCCGACCUUACAAGGUCCCCAUCAUCAUCCCUGCCACCAUGGUCCUUGCAUCUGUCUACCUGGUGCUGGCACCCAUUGUGGCCCAUCCCCAGCCAGAGUUCCUGUAUGUCUUCCUGUUCCUGCUCAGUGGCUUCCCAGUCUAUUUCCUGUUUGUCUACUUCCGGUACCAGCCCAAGUGUUUGCAGGUGGUCACCCUGCAUCUCCAGCUGCUCAUGGAAGCUGCUCCAACCACGAAGAAUGCUGACUGA